CAGGACAGACCUACGGCGUUUCACGUGUGUAUAUGGCGUUGUGCAACUCUGUGUGACAGAUUACCGUCAGAAAAACACUUGUGGAGGUUGGCGUUUGUGCUCCGGAUUCUAUGGGAAAAUGAUGGGCUCCCGAAUCAAGGAGAAUCCGGAGUCAACUUUUGAGGUCUAUCUGGAGGUAUUGCAUUCAGGCGCACAAGGCACCGGGCCGGAGGUCAGACGCCAGUUCCCCGAUGACUAUAUGGACCAGGAAACUCUUCAGACUUUGCCCAAGUUCUGCUUUCCCUUCGGCACAGACAGCCUGACAGUCAACCAGGUCGGGCAGAACUUCACAUUUGUCUUGACGGAUAUUGAGAGCAAGCAGAGAUUUGGCUUUUGUCGCCUCUCCUCAGGUGCCCACAGCUGCUACUGCAUUCUCAGCUACCUGCCGUGGUUUGAAGUUUUUUACAAGCUGCUUAACAUCCUUGCAGAUUACACAGUCAAAGCCCAGGACAGCCAAAGACAGGAGCUCCUGGUGUCGCUGCAUAAACUUAUCAUCCCUGAGCCCGGCGUUCCUGUUCAUCUCGGUGUGCAUUCCUUCUUCACUGUGCCCGACACCCGCGAGCUGCCCAGCAUCCCAGAAAACGUGAGUGUUUCCAUCUUCUCCUGUAAGACUUGGUGGUGUUUUUCUGAGUGA